AUGUUUCCCUAUCAACCUCAUCAAGGCGUGGCUCAGCCAUAUAGCUCACCUCAAGAUAUGUCCUACGCUUAUCAAGGCUUAUCUCAUCAUGAGCAGCAACAUCAACAGCACGUCCUGAUGAUGCAGCAACAACAACAAUUAGCUCCGGGCCAAGUUGUUGUGGUUCAAACAACCACCACUACUUAUCAUCAGCAACCUGUGUUUCACUCAAUGCAAUACGGAGGCAUGUAUUCUGAUCAGUACUCCAUGAUGACCAUGAACCAAAAUUAUGAACCUCCUCAAUCUUUGGAUCAGUUGCCUUUCUUUAGCUCAAUUUCGGUGGAGGACAAAAAGACAGAUGUUGCUCCAGUGUUGUUUAACUUUGACAAUCUCGUAGUUGACGCCCUUGUUCCCAAUUAUUUACCAGCUUAUUGUGUUGAACAGCAGAAUGAUGAAAUUAUUAACAACAAUGUGGUCAAUAACUCGAGUUUCAACACAAACACAAAUGUUUCAACUGUUGUCAAUAAUGUUUCAACAACCAAUGUUCAAAACAACACAGUGAAUAACAAUCAAGUGAAUACAAAUGUUACUCCUGUUGUCACUCCUAUUUCAACCUCGACCAGGCCAACUUCUCCAAGUACAACCACUACAAAACAAACCAUCACCAACGUUAUUGAGAAAAAUACUAACCUUACCAUCAAUAACACUAACAACGUCACAAACCAAGUUACCAAUGUUACGAAUGUCACAAGCAAGGUGGUUCCAAGCAGUCCAAUAGUCUCAUGCAUCACAACAAACACUGAUAAAAACGUUUCAAUCAAAGAUGUCAAGAAGGAGGACAAAGUCGUAAAGAACACGACUGUUCUUAUUACCAACAAUAACACGUCUGUUGAAAAUAAGGAAGUGAACAAACAGGUAAUCGUUAAUGAACAAAAACCAGUAAUUUCUUCAACAACCACAACUAAGGCUAUUGAAACCAAUACCGUGUCAAUCAAUAACAAUUGCCCAACAACUACAACCACUACAACUCAAACUACAACCUCUGCUGUCUCAACUCCAACGAAGGAAAUCAAGAAUACCAUUUCUCAAAAAACCGAGGUUAAUUCAAGCAACAUUAAGACCUCAGUUUCAGAGACCAACAUUAACAACAACUCUACUACCAACAAAUCAGCCACUGUUUCAUCCUCUUCAACUACAACGUCAAACAUCUGUAAUAGUACUACAACCAAUAUGGUCAACAACGUUACAAAUGUGGUAAAUAACGUGGUAAAUAAUACGGUGGUGAAUAAUAAGUUGGACGAAAGAUCUGCUGUGCUUAAUAAUACAAAUUCUCAAACCAACGAAACAGCAUCGAACACCAAGCAAGAAGUAACAACCAAUACUGUAAACAUCAAGAACAUUCAUAUCACCAAUAACAUUAACAACACAACCAACGACACAGUAGUGAAUAAUGUUACCAACACCGUUGUAAAUAAUAUCACAAGAACACCAGACUCCACUACCAACACAACAAAUACUACUGGCACAUGUAACAUCUCCAACAAAAACGAAGCCAAUACUACCAAAAACACUUGUGUUAAUAGCGACAGUUCCAAAUGUGUGACAGUUCAACAAACGGAAUGUCCCAAACCACAAAGAAAAUGGGUGAUCGAGACCACCAUUGAGAAUUUCAAAAGUAAUUUCUCUCAUCUAUCGGGUGUUUCUCCGCUAUAUCUAUCAACACUUACAACCCUUGAGAAAUAUCAAACCACACUCAGAAAAACUUUGGAGAUGGCAACCGGGGAGAAUGUUGAAAAAUUCACAGCUCUUGCUAUUCAAUGCGAUACAGAGUUUGAAAAGAGUAUUGCAUGGUUGGAAAGAACUAUUGUAAUGCUGGAAAGGGAAAAGAUUGCUUUGAUGAACUGGACAGAAAACAAGAGUCUGCCAAACUUUUUGAACAUGACCGUAGAACAAUUGAUCGAGCAAUGUAAAAAACUUCCAUCUCAUCCAAAAUUUGAUGAAUCAGUUAAAACCUUAAUUGAUUACUUCCAAAGAUACGGAAAACUAGUUCAAUAUCUGGUCCUUCUGAGAUACUAUUACACUUCUAUUCACAAGAAAUACGAUCCUCCAAAAAUAGUUGUGUCUAGAACGGAAAAAUGUGGGGUUUCAAAGAUGUACAAUGAUAAUGACUUUGAUCAUACUUGGGAUGCUUUAAAAUCCACAGUUUCAUUUUGGUUGCGACCAUGUCAGUUCAGUGACAAACCUGUCCUAUACGAAAAUGAUAGUAUUGAUGUGAAACGCAUUCGCAAAGGCUUCAUUAACAACGCCUAUUUCAUUUCAGCAGUACACGCAGUUGGCCAGAAGUGUCCAGAAGCUGUUAAGCGUAGAUUUGUUGAAAUAGAUUUCGUUAGUGGGCGUCACACAGUGAAACUAUUCAAGGACCAAAAUCAUGAGAAGUUUGUCACAAUUGAUGACAGCUUCCCAAUUGAAUACUUGGGAAAGCCAAUUGCAACAAGUUCUUCUUGUCAAAAUGAGUUUUGGCCUCAUAUUUUAGAGAAAGCCUACGCUAAAUUGCUUGGAGGAUAUCAUAUGUACUGCCAUGGAGGAAGCCCAAGCAAUGUUUUGCAAUCUGUUUUUGGUUGUUCUGAGUCUCUCAAGCUGAACCUUGGUAAGAGUUCUACUGUAAACGAAAUUUGGACCAAAUUGCAACAAGAGCAGUCCAAAGGAAGCAUCAUGCUGGUUUACACCAAUUCUGGAUACAAUGAAAAUACGGAAAACGAUUGCCAUGCCUAUGUGGUUCAACAAAUUGUCGAAAUUAAGGAUAACUCCAAUGUUGUGCACAAGUUGAUCAAGCUUUUUAACCCAUGGGGAUUAGCUUACGCUUCGAACAGUGGCGGAGAAGCAGCUCUAGACAAGGCUUAUGCGUUGAUGGAGUGGAAAGGCCGUUACAGUGAUGGUGAUUCAAAUUGGAAUGACUAUUUGAUCAAGAACCUUAAUAUCGAAAGCAAGAAUGACGGAGUUUUUUGGAUGUGUUGUGAAGAUUUUUGUUCUCACUGGUCACACCUGAUUGCUGCUCAAUUACCUGCCCAAGAGUAG